AAACUAGUGGGUCUAUGGACCCGAUUGCAAAGGUCCACAGCGACAUCACAUCGAUACAGCUGCUUAUUUUCCACCAUCAUCAUCAGUCUUCUUUACUCUCGCCAGCUACAUCACAUACACACAAGCUUUAUAUAUAUAGUAUAUAGUAUUAUAUAUUAUACACACACAAGUAUUGUAAUUUAUCAGUCAAUUCUCAAUGCAAGCAGUUUCAAACCCAAGGAUCCCAGGAUUUAAUGUCUGAUGAUCAAACAUGAAUGAUCAGAAAACCUCAAUCUUUGGCCUAAGUUUGUGGGUUAUUCUGGGAGUUUCUGUCGGAGCUGCUUUUGUUCUUGUCCUUUUUAUAAUCUCAAUCUGCUUCACUUCAAAAAGAAACAACAUAAAGAGCAUCAAGAAUGGGUCAGUUAGUAAAGCCCCCUCAAUUCCACAUGUGUCAAGAGAUAUCCAAGAAAUCAAAGUGGAUAAUCAAGAACCGGAGCGCUUGUCGAGAAAUGAGCAGAAAGCUUUGCUUUUGAAAGCUGAGGAGGAGGGUUCAACUGGGUAUCAUCAAAGAAUUCAGAUUGAUAUUGGGAAAGAUCAUAGGAUUUUGUACCCUGCUGGGAAAUUGGGUGGGGGGGCUUCUUCUGGGGAGGCUAAGGGUGAUCAUCAUCAUGUGGCUAAGGUUGUUCCGCAGGUUUCUCAUUUGGGGUGGGGACAUUGGUAUACACUGAGGGAGCUUGAGGAUUCUACUAAUGGGUUUGCUCAUGAGAAUGUGAUUGGUCAAGGGGGGUAUGGGAUUGUUUACCAUGGUGUUUUGCAGGAUGGUACUCAUGUUGCUGUCAAGAAUUUGCUUAACAAUAGAGGACAAGCUGAGAAGGAGUUUGAGGUUGAAGUGGAAGCAAUUGGACGUGUUAGACAUAAGAAUUUGGUGAGGUUGCUUGGCUAUUGCGCAGAAGGAGCACAUAGAAUGCUGGUAUAUGAGUUUGUAAAUAAUGGUAACCUUGAACAGUGGCUUCAUGGCGAAGUCGGGCCCUAUAGUCCUCUUACAUGGGAAAUUCGGAUGAAUAUCAUUCUUGGAACAGCAAAAGGGUUAGCUUACCUUCAUGAGGGACUGGAACCAAAAGUGAUUCACCGAGAUAUAAAAUCAAGCAACAUUCUACUUGAUAAACAAUGGAAUUCAAAGGUUGCAGAUUUUGGACUUGCAAAACUCCUUGGUUCAGGGAGGAGCUACACUACAACCCGUGUUAUGGGAACCUUUGGCUACGUAGCUCCUGAGUAUGCCAGUACAGGCAUGUUGAAUGAUAAAAGUGAUGUAUAUAGUUUUGGGAUUCUUGUCAUGGAAUUAAUCAGCGGGAGGUACCCAGUUGACAAUAGUCGGCCUCCAGAUGAGGUGCACUUGGUAGAUUGGCUGAAGCAGAUGGUUGCUAGCAGAAACUCUGAAGGAGUUUUGGAUCCCAAGCUCCAAGAGAAACCUUCUUUGAGGUCAUUAAGGAGAGCAAUUUUAGUGGCUUUGCGUUGUGUUGAUCCAAAUACUCAGAAGAGGCCAAAAAUGGGGCAUGUGGUACACAUGCUUGAAGCUGAAGACUCAUACAAUGAACGAAAAGCUGGAAAGGCACCAAGUUCUUCCCAAUGUGAUGAACAGAAAGAUAAAUCUACAGAGAAGCCUGUGAAGGAAUCAGGUGAAACCAGUAGGUAAGAAUUAGAGUACAUUCCAAUAGAACAAGAUAAAGACAUCAAGAUAAAGAAGAAAAUAUACCAUCUGCAUUUUCCAAAUAGUAGCAUGUGUGAAUGAUGUAAAUCUACUAUACUAUUGGCUCUGGCCAUCUUUAUGUUCCCUUCCCCUCCCGGCCUCCCGCAUGUCAUUGUCAUGUAUGGGAUCAGAAGUUUUGCUUUGCCUCAGUUACAUAUAUGUACAUACACAUCUUGAUCAUAAGAGAUUGCUAUUACACUA